AUGUCUUCAUCCCCCAUCGCAAUCGUUGCCGGCGUCGGCCCAGGAACGGGCUCUUCAGUUGCUCGUCGAUUCGCAAAGGAAUACCCCGUCGUACUCCUCGCUCGCAAGCCGGAGAGCUUCGAGAAGUUGGCCAAAGAGAUCAACGACCAAGGAGGCAAGGCAGUCGGUAUCAGUGCCGACGUAUCGAACCAGGAAAGCAUUCAACGUGCUUUUCGCGAGAUUGAGCAACACUUUCCUGGCGCGCAUGCCGCCGCGGCGGUAUUCAACGCGGCUGGCGGGAUGGUCAGAAAGGAGUUCUUGACUGUCACUCUUGAUGAGUUCUCUUCCGGCUGGGAAGUGAGCCAGAAAGGAGGAUUUCUCUUUGCCCAACAAGCCCUCCCUCUCCUGCUGAAAGCCAGGGGUACUUCGAGCAAGUUCAAUCCAACCUUGGUCUUCACCGGUGCAACGGCCGGCGUCAAGGCCAACGCUCAGAUGGCCACGUUCGCCAGCUCCAACUUUGCCAAGCGUGCACUCGCCAUAUCUCUCGCCAAGGAGUUCGGACCUCAGGGUAUCCAUGUCGCGUGGGCCAACAUUGACGGCCCCAUCGACAUUCCCGGGCGCCAGGACUACCGCGCCAAGUUGGCAGAAGAGGCCAAGAUCAAUCCUGAUGAUAUCGCGGAGGCGUACUGGACCUUGCACGUGCAGAGCAAGCGUUGCUUCACGAACGAGAUUGACAUCCGAACGAACAUUGAGAAAUGGUAG